AUGGGGAGAAACCUGCCACCCUCUUCACCACUGCCAUCAUCACCUCGUUUUCCUUCUCGUCUCACGCUCGCCUCUCCCCUUCCAUGCCCCCACCCAACCACACACAGCCGACUCAAUGAAUUUCUUUCUUCAUUCCAUCCUGCAUUCUUCUCCCCACAUGCAUCGUGUCCUCUUUUCUUUUCCUUUUCGCCGACCAAUUCCGCUCGUACCUUUUUAAAACAAAGUUCGUAUUUUCCAUAUUAUUUUUCUUCUGCUUUUCUUUUUUCUUUUUCCUUCAUAACUACAAGAUUUCUUCUUUACAUUCAUUUUUCUUCUCUGACGCUAGGCUUUUUCUCCGUCUCUAUCAAUUUCUUCAUUUUCUCGUUGUCUGACACUUCUUUUUUUCUUUUUCUUUCAUCAUUUUCCUUCAUUCACAUUCGAUUUUUUUUUCUGUUAUUAUUAUACUUUUUUUUCUUUUCUAUCAAUUGGACAACAACGAAAAUUGAGAGGUCUUUCGCACUCAUUUUCUUCUCUUUUUUUUCCGUUUUAUACUAUUUCUUUCUUUCUUUCUAUGUUUCAAUUUUUCCUUCUUUUUAUUUUACACUGUUUUUGAUUUCCAUUUUAAACUCCUUCUUUAUAUUUUACACUUUGUUUCUAUUCGACUCUCUCUUUUUUCUAUCUUACACUCUCUCUUUCUUUGUCUUUUACACUCUUUCUUUCUUUCGCCUUUUAUACUCCUCCUUUCUUUCUAUUUUAUACUCUACCUUUCUUUCACGUCCUUUGCAAUAUUCCAAUAACAAUUGUCUAUCUUCUGACAACCUAACCCCUGCCUACACUUCUACUUCUAUAUUAUAUAUUUAUCUGCCUCGGUGUUUAUUUUAUCUAUCUAUCUAUCUAUCUAUCUAUCUAUCUAUCUAUCUAUCUAUCUAUCUAUCUAUCUCAUUUUUAUAUCUAUUUAUCGCAGUGAUUAUAUCUAUCUCGGUUUUCUAUCUAUCUAUCUAUCUAUCUUUCUAUCUAUCUAUCUAUCUAUCUAUCUAUCUAUCUCAGUCUUUAUAUUUAAUAUCUAUCUUUCUAUCUCAUGAUUAUAUCUAUCUCGUUUUUUCUAUCUAUCUAUCUAUCUAUCUAUCUAUCUAUCUAUUUAAUAUCUAUCUUUCUAUCUCAGUCUUUUUAUAUUAUUUAGUUUUUAUCUAUUUAUCAGUGAUUAUUUCUAUCUCGGUUUUCUAUCUAUCUAUCUAUCUAUCUAUCUAUCUAUCUAUUGCAUCUUUAUAUCUAUCUAUUUCAGUUUUCAUAUCUAUCUAUCUAUCUAUCUAUCUAUCUAUCUAUCUAUCUAUCUAUCUCAACUUUUCUUUAAGUUUUUAUCUAGGUGUCUCUGCUUCUUAUCAUCUAUCUAUCCGUAAUUACCAAAAAUUACAAACGACUACCUAA